AUGCGGUCCACUCCCCUCUUUCUUCUGUUUCCUGUCGUUAGUCUUGCUUCUUGGCUUCCUGUAAAGCCAAUGCAAGCCUCGGGAGAGGAUGAAUGCACUUCAACAACGCGCAUAUUGCCCCCUAUCACACAGACAAGAAUUUAUCCUACAUCUACCAGAGUGGCCAUAGGCUGCCAGGCGCAAGCAACUGGCGGUAGUUCCCUCAUUUACACCACUGCUGUUCCCGCUACCAACCUACAUGGUCCGGAUAUACAUACCCAUACAGUCACUUCUCAUUGCGAUGAGACUCAGUGCCAGCGGCCUGCUUCUGGUAGCUGCACUCCUGGCUCCAUUGUGACCACUGUUGUCUGUCACACAUGUGGCGAGAAGCCAAUUACAACAACUCUGACUCUCCCUAUCGAGACAGUCCCAAAGAUUCAGGGCCCGUCCCUGGAGAGUGUUGCGUACACAGCUAUCCAGAGACAUCCAGGAUCCCCAGAGUCUCUUGAGUCCUCCACACCUCCUGCAGGCACCUCCCUGCAGACUACGAUGGCUGGUGCUCCACACAGCAUACCUACGGGAGCUGAAGGAGGAUCGGAUUCUUCUACAGUCCCCAUACCAGUGAGCCCAACGACUACCAACGUUGUAGCCGUAGGGAACGCGCCAGAAAACAAGGUCACCACAUCUACACUUCUCAAAGUGGUAGCUUUUGCCAUUAUUCUUUCGUUACCUCUCUAUGCCUAA